CACAAUCGGCUCCCUGAACAUGUGUAGCAUAUGCUGCGAACUGAACCGCACCGUGGGCGAGAACGGAGGCCUGUGCAUGGGAGCGGAACUGGCCGCCAGAGAGCUGGUGGCUAUUGGUACCAAGCUGCCCGAGAACUGGCCGGAUGAGGACUAUAGAGGACCAAACGUGUCAAUCCGCCUGUGCAAGAACGAGCAGUGCAAAAUAGCGGAGCUUCGCGCGUGGGCGCCGGGAAGUGCGUGCGUCACGCGCAACGCAGUCGGAGUGUGCGCACCUCGAGGCGUCUGCAAGCAGAGCUACCUUACACCACGCUCGAACAUCUACCCAGACAUUAUGAGAGUAAAAUUUUUGGAUCAACGUAGAAAAUCAUCAACAUGCUGGCGGCCAUCGACUAUGCAUUGCUUAUUACCAUUUGCUCUAACCAUGAUUGUUAAGUGA